CAGAUUGAAGAGGAUAGAGAGGGAGAACGCCCUGCUGCCACCAGGCUGGUUCAGUGUUUCUCAGUCGGCCGUUGACGCCCUCUACCUUCCCUUCCUCUGAGGGGCUUGUUCUUGGAGGCCUCAGGGCCGCCCAGCAUGAAGCAGGCACCAUGGGCUUUCUGGAAAACUACCAGGAGAUCGACCCUGUCACUUUGAACCUUUGCAUCCUCAUCGCCAGCUACGUUAUCUUGCUCCUGGUCUUCCUGAUAUCGUGUAUCAUGUACGACUGCCGGGGCAAAGAUCCUACCAAGGAGUACGCCCCGGACCCGCAGCCGACCCAGUCUCCCAUCAGGUUGGUGGUGAUGCAGAGUUCUCCGGCUCCGGUGGGACGGUGGGACACGACCAACAUGAUCACAACCUAUCACGAGCCAACGCACUCGGACUUCAGGGAGAAGAAGAGCACGAUGGUCUGA